GCAGUUGCGUCCAUCCGGAUCGGUUGGCCCGUCGCUGCAGCCGCGACCGAACUGCCCAGAUGUUCACGUCGAAUCCACCAAAAAUCCAGCGCCCUCCUGCUACCAGCACGCACCACUGCCGCCUACUACCACCCGGCGUCCCUCCGUCUCCACGCGUAUCUUAUCAUGGUUCUCUCCCCUGCCCACUGCCUAGCUCCCUUGCCUUGCACAUCUCGGCAAGCAUUCGGUGGAAAAAAAUCGACUUCUUUUCAUGCAUGUUGCCUGCUUGACGCGAGUUUAUCGACCCCGCCAUGAACGGGAGCAAGUGUGACAUCAGACGACGACGCAAGUGGAGGCCAUGGCGGUGGUGGCUCGUCGCUUCGUGGGUUCUAGCGGUGUUCCUGCAGCGGGGCGGCGCCGCGGAGGUGACGGAGCUGGACCUGGAGGAGCGCCGUGACGAGCGGCGCGACCUGCUGGUGCUGCGCGACACGCUGCGGUCGGCGCUGGACCUGCACUCCAACUGGACGGGUCCUCCGUGCCACGGCGAGCGUAGCCGGUGGCGCGGCGUGUCGUGCGACGGCGACGGGCGCGUGGUCCGCGUGGCGCUCGACGGCGCGCAGCUCACGGGCACGCUCCCGCGUGGCGCGCUCCGCGCCGUGUCGCGCCUCGAGGCGCUGUCCCUGCGCGGGAACGCGCUCCACGGCGCGCUCCCGGGGCUCGACGGCCUGCCGCGGCUCCGCGCCGUCGACCUGUCCAGCAACCGGUUCUCGGGCCCCAUCCCGCGCCAGUACGCCACGUCGCUGCGGGACCUCGCGCGGCUCGAGCUCCAGGACAACCUGCUCAGCGGCACCCUCCCGGCGUUCGAGCAGCACGGCCUCGUCGUCUUCAACGUCUCCUACAACUUCCUCCAGGGCGAGGUCCCCGGCACCGCCGCGCUGCGCCGGUUCCCCGCGAGCGCGUUCGACCACAACCUCAGGCUCUGUGGCGAGGUUGUGAACGCCGAGUGCCUGGAGGGCCCGACGACGUCGUCCGGUGCUCCAGCGUAUGGAAGCAGCGGCAGCAGUCCGGUCGUCGUGAGGCCGCCGGCUGGCGACGGCGGUCGGGCGGCACGGAAGCACGCGCGGUUCAGGCUGGCGGCGUGGAGCGUCGUGGCGAUCGCCCUCAUCGCGGCGCUGGUGCCGUUCGCGGCUGUGUUCAUCUUCCUGCACCACAGGAAGAAAAGCCAGGAGGUCCGUCUCGGCGGCCGUGCCAGUGCCGCAGUGACGGCGGCGGAGGACAUCAAGGACAAGGUGGAGGUGGAGCAAGGCCGAGGGAGCGGCAGCCGGAGCACGGAGUCCGGCAAGGGGGGCGAGCUGCAGUUCUUCCGCGAGGACGGGCAAGCCAGCUUCGACCUCGACGAGCUCUUCCGGUCCACGGCGGAGAUGCUCGGCAAGGGGCGGCUGGGGAUCACGUACCGGGUGACCCUCCAGGCCGGCCCCGUCGUCGUCGUGAAGCGGCUGCGCAACAUGUCGCACGUGCCGCGCAGGGACUUCACGCACACCAUGCAGCUCCUGGGCAAGCUCCGGCACGAGAACGUCGUCGACCUCGUCGCGUGCUUCUACUCCAAGGAGGAGAAGCUGGUCGUGUACGAGCACGUUCCCGGGUGCAGCCUCUUCCAGCUCCUGCAUGGAAACAGAGGCGAGGGGAGGACGCCGCUGCCGUGGCCGGCGCGGCUGUCGAUAGCGCAGGGCAUGGCGCGCGGGCUGGCGUACCUGCACAAGUCGAUGCCGUACUUCCACCGGCCGCCGCACGGCAACCUCAAGUCGUCCAACGUGCUCGUCUUCUUCUCGGCGGCUGCCAAUGGCGGACAGCAGAAGCAGGCGGUGCCGAAGCUGACGGACCACGGCUUCCACCCGCUGCUCCCGCACCACGCGCACCGGCUGGCGGCGGCCAAGUGCCCCGAGUUCGCGCGCCGCGGCGGCAGGCGGCUGUCGUCCCGCGCCGACGUGUACUGCCUAGGCUUGGUGCUGCUGGAGCUGGUGACGGGGAAGGUGCCCGUGGAGGAAGACGGCGACCUGGCGGAGUGGGCGCGGCUGGCGCUCAGCCACGAGUGGUCCACGGACAUCCUCGACGUGGAGAUCGUCGGCGACCGGGGACGGCACGGGGACAUGCUCAGACUCACCGAGGUCGCUCUCCUCUGCGCCGCCGUCGAUCCCGACAGGCGGCCCAAGGUGCAGGACGCCGUCAGGAUGAUCGACGAGAUCGCCGACGGCGACGGAUCAGAGCUAGAUCGUCGUUGAGCUAGCUCUAUGACUACGACGAUGCAGGGUGUGGGCUGGUCGACAUGAUCUUCUUGGUUUCGAAUUUAUUUGAUUUGUAUGUCAAAAACACAAAAUCGUUUCGCUUUCAGUUUUUCUUCCCUUUUCAAUUGUAACAUUGCAAUCGAGCAGGAAGUACUGCAUCGAUGCUCCCUGAUCGAUUUCUCUGGUGCAAUCAGAGAAAAGGACCAUGAACUCGUGAAGUUCGUAUCUGUUAGCACUGAAACUUAUACCUCAGGUGAUUUGAGGCUCUUAGAGUUGCA